UACGUAUAUAAGCGGGGGAUCACGCCAUAGACCGUGGGUUGGCAAUAGCGUGGAUUAUAUUGCACUACCACAAUGAGUCAGCAAUUUUUCAUGACAAAAUAUCACUUUUUAUAGAUCUGCCUCGAUAGUUUCAGAACCAUUCAUAAUGAUGCAUGCACUCUGAGGGAUGCGUUUAUAAUUAGUCGGAUCGCGUCGGAACUGCGUACUACCUUGAUCCUACAAAUGACCUUGUGACUUAUUCAUCCUGGAAAUGAUCCCGGAUGAAAAAGGAAGGAGAAGGCAAGCACAUGAUCACCAUUAUUCAUAACAAAGACUUUAUAUUGCAAGGAUAUACCAGCGGAGAUCUCGCCGAAGUUCAUAUAUCGGUGGCCUAGUUUUAAACUCACAUCUCGCUGGCAGAUAUACCAGCUAGAUAACGACAGGAAGGAGAUCCCAUCUUUGGUGUGGUUAUACGAGUGCGAUACAUAUACGAAGACAAGCAUAGCAGCCUAUCAUUGAUGAGAGCAUACUUCGCCAGCCAGGCGUUGUAGAUUUUUUGGAUUUCCCUUUAAAACUCCUUGCUCCGAGGAUAUAGUGCUGUGCUACCUUAUCUCAUAUUACUUUCUAUACAAGGACCGCGUGAGGUAGCUUGACUCUCGGUUUCGACAUUGUAUAUCUCAAGACCCUUAUAGUUGAUUAAUGGACUUUAAUAUAGAAGAGUAGAUUCGACACCUAAAGAAGAAGAACAAACAUCGAUAAGCUCAUUUCGAAGCCACCGUAAGCGAAGUCAGUGAUGUCGGAGGAUGCGACAUCGCCUUCGAAAGAAGGCUCGGAGCAACCCGAUGCCGACGUCGAGCUCGUCAAGAUGAGGAGGAUCGACUCCGACGACAACAUCCGAGAGAGGGAUCAAGAAACUGCGGAUGUUGCAGGAGUACAUUUUGUAGGGAUGAAACGAAUCGACUCCCGAGAAAACUUCAAAAAUGAUCAAGCGACCAAGAAGGCUUCGUCGGUGAUGUUCGCAUCGAUGGGCGAGCCGACGAAUGACGGCUACGACUACGAUGACGACGAGGAUGUCGUGACAACCAAUCCUUAUCUAAGAUACGGAGAGAAGACCGGUUUUCGAUAUAAACAGGGCCUAAAACUGCUAUCCCCGUUUAGAUUCAAGCCUUCCAAGGAGCAGUAUUCACCCCUGGACUACAGCGGUUUCUUCUCAUUCGCCUGGCUGUCUUGGAUGUCACCCCUCUUCUACAAGGCCUACAAGAGGUCACUAGAGUACACCGACCUCUGGACUAUAUCUGACUACGACAGAGGCGACUACAACGGAGACAGAUUGGAGAAGUACUGGCAGAAAGAAGUCACAAAGAAGGGGGAGAAAAACGUAUCCCUAGGUCGUGUCGCCCUCAGCUUUGUUGGUACAAGACAAUUCAUCUCCAUUCUCUUUCUCGUCAUAUCAACCCUCGCAUCUUUUGUAACUUCGGCAGUAUGUGUUCAGCUGUUACUACAGUACGUCGAAGACGAGAACGACAACCGUGUGUGGUACGGCAUUGUCAUCGUCGUCGCCGUAUUCGUUCUCAACAUCAUCCGUAUCAUGUGUGAUGUGUUCUUCUGGUGUUUCAGCUGCCGAACAGCGACCCGACUUCGUAGUGGGAUGCUUGCAUUGGCGUUCCGAAGAUUGGCUGAUUUGAGGAGUUUGAAGGAUCAUAGCGUGGGAGAGAUCGUGAACAUAUGCGCCAACGACAGUCAGCGUCUGUACGAUGUCUGCCUGCUGGGCAACUAUAUCAUCUCAUCGCUGGUCAUGCUCCUCGCCGCGCUGGUCGCUGUCCAGGUCAUUAUCGGUACGGGAGCCCUCAUCGGAACCGCGAUUACAUACCUCAUCUUCUUGCCGUUGACGACGGGCGUUGGUCGAAUCAUCUCUAAGAUCCGUAUGAAAUGCAUAAAGUACGUUGACCUUCGGGUUCAAAAGAUGAACGAGAUCUUGACAUACAUCAAACUCAUCAAGAUGUAUGCCUGGGAGUCGCCUUUUGGCAAAGCUAUACAAGCUAUCCGUGCGCAAGAGAGAGUUUACUUGGAAAGAGCUGGUAUCUUGCAGAGUUUUAGUCUCUCCGUCGUCCCCGUCGUACCCAGUCUAGCUGCUGUUCUAUCCAUCAUAAUUCACGUAGCCUUAGGAAACUCGUUGUCGGCGACGGAGGCGUUUACAUUGGUGUCUUUGUUGAAUGUGAUGCGAGUCGUUCUGGGCCCGACUCCCUACGCUGUUAGGAUGAUAGCCGAAGCGAACGUGGCCCUCCGUCGUCUCAAGGAAAUCAUGAUUCUCGAAAAGAUGCAACGAAACGAGGAGCUCGAAGACAGCAGUGAAAACAUGGUAGAGAUUACCGGGGCAACAUUCGGCUGGGAUGUUAUCCAAGCUGAGGGGUUAGAUGAUGAGACGACGGAGAAGAAGAACAAGAAGGAGGAGAAGGAGAAGGAGAAGAGAGGGAAACCUAACAAUGCAGAGAGGAGUGAAGAAUUGAAGUUGGAGCAUUCCAAUUCGUCGAAUGGGCAUUUGGCUUCGGAGCGUGACGUUUUGGGCUAUAAUUCAGCCAAAAUCACGCCGGCACUAUUUGAUCUCGACUUCAAACUCAAGAAGAGAACUUUGACGGGUGUAUGCGGUCUCGUCGGCAGCGGUAAAUCUUCUCUCAUCUCCGCCAUCUUGGGUGAAAUGGAGAAGGUCAAAGGUAGCUGCAAGGUCAGAGGUCGAUUAGCAUAUGUGGCGCAGGAGGCCUGGAUUUUCAAUGCCACAGUGCAAGAGAAUAUCCUGUUCGGUACGAGAAUGGACGCGAAGCGGUACGACGCGGUUCUUACCGCAUGCAGUCUCAAAACGGAUAUGGAGAUCCUAAUGGAUGGCGAUCAAACUGAGAUCGGUGAGCGAGGAAUCAACGUAAGCGGUGGUCAGAAACAGCGGAUAAGCCUAGCCAGAGCCGUCUACGCCGACCACGAUGUCUAUCUACUCGACGACCCACUGAGCGCGGUUGACGCGCACGUCGGCGAACAGAUCUUCAACCGCUGCAUCAAGGGAGCCCUCAGGGAUAAAACGGUUCUCUUUGUGACACAUCAGUUACAGUUCCUGCAGGAUUGUGACACGAUCGCAGUCCUGAUGGAGGGGAGACGAGCCGAGCAGGGAACUCAUCGGGAGCUGAUGGACGAGGAGGGCGGAGAGUAUGCCCGUCUCAUCACCGCACAUUAUACCAAACCACCUGAAGAGGAGAAGAAGGUCGAGGAACCCAUGACACCCAAGCUUAAAAGACAGAUCAGUCGUCAGAAGUCGAUGAGUCGGAGCGUGGCCAGCGAGAUAGAGGCUGAGAGCGUCGCUUCAUUCCAGGAAGUUGGACAGCUCACCACGGCGGAGGAGCGGGGUAGCGCAACACUGGGUUGGCAAACCUACCACGGGUACAUCAUGGCCAUGGGUGGAUAUUGUAAUGCUAUUGUGAUCGUUCUCUCAUACUUGGUUGUAAUUGGCUUGCUGACGGCAAACGCGUGGUGGCUGAGUUUCUGGAUUGAAAACAGUUUGAACAGACCGUACAACGAGACCCUCGGCGACGAAAUUCCAACAUUGACGAACGAUGAUAGGCUAGGUUUCUACAUGGGAAUCUACGGAGGCUCACUUCUGGUCAUCCUCAUCUUAGCACUACUAAAAAGCGUUGUCUACUCGAAGUUGACGAUGCGGGCUUCCUCCAGGCUACACAACACCCUCUUCAAGAAGGUUUUAAGGAGUCCGAUGAGUUUCUUUGAUACCACACCGACAGGAAGAAUUCUCAACAGGUUCUCUAAAGAUAUGGAUGAACUGGACGUCAUCCUCCCAAUCAACCUGGAGCUGACGUUAAUGAGUGUGUCGUUGAUCCUAGCCUCUCUCGUCACCAUCUCCGUGGUCUUCCCUUACUUCCUCGCCGCGGUCGUCCCCAUCCUCAUCGUCUUCUACUUCAUCAUGAACUUCUAUCGGAAGGGCGUCAACGACCUCAAGCAGAUCGAGAAUGUGAGUCGGUCGCCAUGGUUCUCGCACAUCGGCUCGACGGCGAUGGGCCUGGCCACCAUCCACGCCUACGAUAAGACAGCUGAUAUGAUCAAAAAAUUCGUCUACCUACUCGACAUCAACGCUCACCCUAUGAUGCUGUUUCGCAUGGCUAACCGAUGGGCUGGAGCACGCUUAGAGAUUCUCGUUGUCCUGAUCGUUACCGGGACCAAUCUAAUGGUUGUCCUCACCAAAGGUACCAUUGCUACUUCCACCGCUGGACUGGCCAUCUCUUAUGCUAUACAGCUGACUGGUAUGUUCCAGCUUCUGAUGAGCACCCUGGCAGAGACGGAAGGCAGGUUCUUUUCGGCAGAGAGGAUCCUUGAUUAUAACAGGUCUCUAGAAGCAGAAGGACCCGAAGUGGUGCUGGAUAACAGACCGUCAAAGGAAUGGCCUAGUGAUGGUGCGAUCCGAAUCGAAGGCUACAAGAUGAGAUAUCGUGAAGAGCUUCCCCUAGUUCUGAAAAAUGUAGACUGCAAGAUCAAAGGUGGAGAGAAAAUCGGCAUUGUUGGUCGUACCGGGUCUGGUAAGUCGACGAUCAGUGUUGCGCUGUUCCGACUCGUAGAAGCCGACGAAGGGUCGAUGACCAUUGACGGACUCGACAUCAGUACCAUAGGCCUGACCGAUCUCCGGUCUAAGAUCUCCAUCAUUCCUCAAGACCCAGUCCUCUUCAUCGGAAAUAUCAGGUACAAUCUGGAUCCUUUUAACGAGCACAGUGAUCAGGAAUUAUGGGGGGCUUUGGAACAGGCAUACAUGAAAGAACGGAUUAGUGUUCUUGAUCAUCAGCUGGAAGCUCCUGUUACCGAGGGUGGAGAUAACUUCUCUGUAGGAGAGAGACAGCUUCUCUGCAUGGCCAGGGCUCUACUCCGAAACAGCAAGAUCUUAUUCUUGGACGAGGCAACAGCAGCGAUCGACACAGAAACGGACAGCUUGAUACAGCAGACGAUACGAACAGCUUUCGAAGACUGUACCACACUCACCAUAGCACAUCGACUCAACACUGUACUUGACUCAGAUAAGAUUCUAGUCAUGGAUGAUGGAAGGGUCGCCGAAUUCGAUACUCCUUCUACGCUGCGAAGCAAUCCAAGGUCUAUCUUCAGCGGCAUGAUGGCAGCGGCAGAGGCGCAAAAAGAUGGAAUUAUGGACUGAAGUUACCGACAAUCAUGUGACAAUUAAUGUUGCCAAUUUUCACAUGACGUCUCCUUAAUCACAUUGCCAAAGAUUAUAUUUUGUGUAAAAUGAUGGUGCUUUCUAAUUAUUAUCAAGUAAAAGACUGAAAAUGUCAACCAUGGACCAAGCAAAAUUUGUUUGAUAAUUGUGGUAGAGUAUGAAAUCAUUAGCUCUUAAAAGGGUAAAUUUCUGUAAAUUUGUAAAUGUUGGUAAUUCUUAGCCAUUGAAGUUUUUCUGCCAUGAAGAAAAAAAAUCUUAGUCUACGAAAGUAUUCUGAAAGCUACAUGCAUCAAGUUUAUAUAGGCCUUGGC